CAGGAAAGCACAGCCACGGUCAAAGCUGUCCACGGAAUUUGAAGUGUGCUUACGGAGAUAAGAGCCAAUAUGGUGCUGUCCCCUGUUCCUUUGUUUGUGUCUGCUGUCCUGCUUGUGAUAUCGGGUUCGAACGGCUCCUAUGCGUCCAGCCAGCGGCCAUCUUGUGCCACUGUGAAGUGCCGAGCAGGCUUCGUGUGUAUACUGCAGCAGGUUCAGUGCGUCACCGCUCCGUGCUACUCCCAGCCUGUCUGCAUCCCCGUGGAGGAAGUUCCUCCACUAACUUGUGCGACUUUCGACUGUGUCCCGGGAUACUAUUGCGUACUGGAACGAGUUCUGUGCAACAAGAAGCCAUGUCCAAUAAGACCUAUCUGUGUUGAAGCACCAAUAGAGUGAGGGGAGCAGACGUCUGGCUCAGUUGGCCCACCUGCGUGUCCUGCAAGCAAACACUGUGCUGCACCUGCAAGGUACUGACUGUAUCAGGCUGAGUCAAAUAAAUGUAAAAGUUUCGCAUUGUA